CCGAGUACGUAAAUUAUGACAGAGUAUUCCCCUUGUGUUUCUGAUGAUUAAUAUUAGAUUUGGAUAUGUAAAUUUUGUUGACGUUUUCAAUUGUUAAAUUAUGUGUUAGAUAUCGAGUGGUUUGUAAAUGUGAAAUUAAACAGUUAAAUAAUGAGUGAAAUUAAACAGAAAAUAUGGGAAAAUGGAUUAAUGUUUUUGUUUGGUUUGCGUUAGCGUGUCAGUCCUUAGGAGAUGACUUGGAAGAAUUGACUCCAGAUUUUACAUUGGAGGACAGGUGGAUGUACCGGAACUCCAAGGGGUCGGAGAUCAGGGAGCCCUGUCUGGAGAUUCAUCCCUCCAGCAAGGAUAUUGUCAAGCGUUUUCACGCUAUAUUGACAUAUUUCGAUAAGGACCAUUCAAACAAAGAGUUCCUUCACAAGUUUCGAGCUCGUGUCUACGGGAUGUCAGAAGGUGACGAUCCCCUUGACAGAGAGGCAGCAUACUACGCAGCAGUCCUCACACCUCUUGUAUUCUUCCAGAACUAUAAAGAUACUUGGUGUUUAUUGCAACGGUUCUAUCGGGCGCUGCGUUUAUUCCAAAUUUCUCAUCCAACUGAGAAACGCUCCGGCCUCAAGUUGCUCCAGAACUUUAGGGCUGUGAAUCACAAGAUCCGCCUGUUCGUUUUCGAGUUGCCCGUUCCUUCGGUAGCUCGCUCUCAGUCCACGUCUUCCUUCCCCGAGCUGGAUGAGGAAGAUUUCAAUGAUAAAAAAGACAUCCGUCUCGUUAAGGAGCUGGUUAAAAAUCUUGGAUGAAUUCCUAUUUAACAUUAGAUAAUAUGACAAUACCUUUCUAAUGCUGUUAAAUAAAAUUAUAAAUACGUGAGAGUUAUAAAUAUAUGUUAAUUUUAUUAUUGUUCCGUGAAAACGUCGAUUGUCUGAAUGAAAUAAACACUUA